GUAACGACAGUAAACAGACAAGUAUUCUAAAUUAAUAGUGUGGUGUCGAAAAUUUGUGAAAGUGUAUAUUAUCUUUAUGUCGUGCCAAAGAAACCUAGUUUCUUUAGAUAUUAAUCUUAAUCUUCUUAAGAUAGAUAAAAAAUAAUUAUCAAAUAAAAUGUCGAAUGUUAUUCAAUGCUUGGCGACCCAGAUAGCAGACUCGUUACAGACAAGGAAUUGGAUACUGAUUUUUCUCCAAACGCUCAUCAUACUCUACAGACCUGACAUUGCCGAUAUCGAAAACAGGGUCAGGCCGACCCCUCCACCCAGUCUACAAAGUAAUUAUGACUUCAUUAUAGUCGGGGGUGGCUCCGCGGGUUCCGUAUUGGCCAGUCGAUUAUCCGAAAACGAAAAGUGGUCGGUGUUGCUGCUUGAAGCUGGCCCAAACGAACCUUAUGGAACUGAUAUACCUGUUGCGUACUCGAGAGUAAUACAGACUUCGUUGGUGUGGAAUUAUGAAUCGUAUCCAUCUGAUAACUAUUGCACGAGACAGAACGAUCGUCGGUGUUCCUGGAUCAGUGGCAGGACACUCGGCGGAAGCAGCACGAUAAAUGGGAUGAUCUAUAUGCGUGGGAAUAGACAAAAUUAUGACAGCUGGGAGGAAGCGGGUAAUCCAGGAUGGAGCUACGAAAACGUUCUACCGUAUUUCAAGAAAUCUGAAGACAUGAGAAUCAGAGAAUAUCAACGAUCCCCAUAUCACAGCGUCGGUGGAUAUUUGACCGUCGAAAACUUUCGUUAUCGUUCACCUGGCUCUGAUUAUUUUAUGCAAGCAGCAAUAGAAAUGGGUUACGAUUUAGUUGACGUGAACGGAGCCAAUCAAACUGGAUUCAGUUUAACUCCCGCAACAUUAAGGGAUGGUCUGAGAUGCAGCACCGCGAAGGCUUUCCUUCGUCCAGCUUGGAGGAGGCGUAAUCUACACAUCAGCACCGAUUCUUUCGUGGAAAAAAUCUUGGUACAUGGUGAUGGUGACGAAAAGACUGCUUAUGGUGUGCAAUUUCGUUUCCAAUCUACUCGUUAUACAGUAACAGCCAAUCAUGAAGUGAUACUGUCAACUGGCACAGUACGAUCACCGCAAAUAUUGAUGUUGUCUGGUAUCGGACCAAGAGAUCAGUUGGAGGAAUUAAAUAUUCCAGUGAUUCACGAUUCUCCAGGUGUGGGGAGGAAUCUUCAGGAUCACGUAGGGUUCAAUGGACUGACUUAUAACGUGACUAUCCCAAGAAAUUAUUCUGGAUCCGAACCUUUCUCAUACGCAGACCAGGAUGCUUUUGACUCUCAGACCCUCACACAGUUCGCCAUAAACAAUACUGGAAUGAUGUAUGAAAAUCCAGACGAUGACGGUUUGGGUUUUAUUAAUACCAGAUAUGCAAAUGCAUCCGGAGAUUGUCCUGACGUAGAGAUAGUGUUAUCACCUGGAAAUGGUACGGCAACUAACAUUUCAGGAAUCACAACUCUUUAUUCUAUUCUGCCAGUAUUAGUAAGGCCAAGAAGCAGAGGAUACAUCAGACUAAAUGUCACUAAUCCUGAAGGAUUUCCAAUCAUAGUUCCCAACUAUUUCCAGGAUCCACAAGAUCUCGAACGUUUGGCCGAAGGCGGACAAUUCGUCUACAAUAUGUCGAGAACAUCUGCGUUGAGGUUUAUAAACGCUCAAAUGAACCUAGAGAGUAUCCCUAGCUGUUCGUCGUCCGAAUAUCUAUCAAUAAAUUAUUGGCGUUGUUUAGCCCGAUAUUACGGCGCCUCGGCAUUGCACCCAGUUGGAACGUGUAAAAUGGGACCAGCUAGCGACCGAAUGGCAGUGGUCGACGCUAGACUCAGAGUGCACGGUGUAUAUCGACUACGAGUGAUCGAUGCCUCGAUCAUGCCUACGAUCGUUGCGGGAAACACGAACGCGCCUACUAUAAUGAUCGCUGAGAAGGCUUCUGACAUGAUCAAAGAAGCCUGGAACAAUGCCAUGCCUGGACAGCUCCGUUGCUUGGCUACCCAGAUAGCACAGACGUUAUGGACGACGGAUUGGAUACUGAUUUUUCUCCAAACGCUGAUCGUGCUCUACAGACCGGACGUUGCCGACGUCGAAAACAGGGUGAGACCGACCCCUCCACCCAGUCUACGAAGUAAUUAUGACUUUAUCAUAAUCGGGGGUGGCUCCGCGGGUUCCGUAUUGGCCAACCGAUUGUCCGAAAAUGAAAAAUGGUCGGUGUUGCUGCUCGAAGCUGGACCGAACGAACCUUACGCGACCGAUAUAACAAUAAUGUCUACGAGACUACAACCGAGUUCGUUAUUCUGGAAUUUUACAACCCUUCCAUCAGCUAAUUAUUGCAUAAUCCAAGAGAUUGGGUGCAAUUGGGGUCACGGCAGGUCAAAUAAAAUGUCGAGCGUUAUUCAGUGCUUGGCUACCCAGAUAGCACAGACGUUAUGGACGACGGAUUGGAUACUGAUUUUUCUCCAAACGCUGAUCGUGCUCUACAGACCGGACGUUGCCGACGUCGAAAACAGGGUGAGACCGACCCCUCCACCCAGUCUACGAAGUAAUUAUGACUUUAUCAUAAUCGGGGGUGGCUCCGCGGGUUCCGUAUUGGCCAACCGAUUGUCCGAAAAUGAAAAGUGGUCGGUGUUGCUACUCGAAGCUGGACCGAACGAACAUUAUGCCACUGAUAUACCUGUGACGUAUUCGAGUAUAAUAUCAACUUCGUUGGUGUGGAAUUAUACAACGUAUCCAUCGGAUAAUUAUUGUACGGGACAGCCCAAUGGUCGGUGUCUCUUCGUCAGUGGCAGGAGUCUUGGCGGUACCAGCGCGAUAAAUGGACUGAUUUAUAUGCGUGGGAAUAGACGUGAUUAUGACCGCUGGGAGGAAGCUGGCAAUCCAGGAUGGAGCUACGAAAACGUUCUACCGUAUUUCAUGAAAUCCGAAGACAUGAGAAUCAGGGAAUAUCAAGGAUCCCCAUAUCACAGCGUCGGUGGAUACCUGACCGUCGAAAACUUUCGUUAUCGUUUACCUGUAACGAAUUAUUUUUUGGAAGCAGUAACAGAAAUGGGCUACGAUUUAGUCGACUUGAACGGAGCGAAUCAAACUGGAUUCAGUUUAACUCCCGCAACACUAAGGGAUGGUCUGAGAUGCAGUGCAGCGAAGGCUUUCCUUCGUCCUGCUUGGAGGAGGCGUAAUCUACACAUCAGUACCGAUUCUUUCGUGGAAAAAAUCUUGGUACAUGGUGAUGGUGACGAAAAGACUGCUUAUGGUGUGCAAUUUCGUUUCCAAUCUACUCGUUAUACAGUAACAGCCAAUCAUGAAGUGAUACUGUCAACUGGCACAGUACGAUCACCGCAAAUAUUGAUGUUGUCUGGUAUCGGACCAAGAGAUCAGUUGGAGGAAUUAAAUAUUCCAGUGAUUCACGAUUCUCCAGGUGUGGGGAGGAAUCUUCAGGAUCACGUAGGGUUCAAUGGACUGACUUAUAACGUGACUAUCCCAAGAAAUUAUUCUGGAUCCGAACCUUUCUCAUACGCAGACCAGGAUGCUUUUGACUCUCAGACCCUCACACAGUUCGCCAUAAACAAUACUGGAAUGAUGUAUGAAAAUCCAGACGAUGACGGUUUGGGUUUUAUUAAUACCAGAUAUGCAAAUGCAUCCGGAGAUUGUCCUGACGUAGAGAUAGUGUUAUCACCUGGAAAUGGUACGGCAACUAACAUUUCAGGAAUCACAACUCUUUAUUCUAUUCUGCCAGUAUUAGUAAGGCCAAGAAGCAGAGGAUACAUCAGACUAAAUGUCACUAAUCCUGAAGGAUUUCCAAUCAUAGUUCCCAACUAUUUCCAGGAUCCACAAGAUCUCGAACGUUUGGCCGAAGGCGGACAAUUCGUCUACAAUAUGUCGAGAACAUCUGCGUUGAGGUUUAUAAACGCUCAAAUGAACCUAGAGAGUAUCCCUAGCUGUUCGUCGUCCGAAUAUCUAUCAAUAAAUUAUUGGCGUUGUUUAGCCCGAUAUUACGGCGCCUCGGCAUUGCACCCAGUUGGAACGUGUAAAAUGGGACCAGCUAUACUGUCAACUGGCACAGUACGAUCGCCGCAAAUAUUGAUGUUAUCUGGUAUCGGACCAAGAGAUCAGUUGGAGGAAUUGAACAUUCCAGUGGUUCUCGAUGCCCCGGGUGUAGGGAAUAAUCUUCAGGAUCAUGUGACGUUCACUGGACUCAAUUAUAUCGUGACUGUCCCGAGGAAUUAUUCUGGUUCCGACCCUUUCACAUACGCAGGCAGAUUUGCUUUUGACUCUCAGUCCCUCACACAAUUUGCCAUGAACCGUACUGGAAUGAUGUACGAAGAACCAGAUACUGACAGUAUGGGUUUUAUUAAUACCAGAUAUGCAAACUCAUCCGGAGAUUAUCCUGAUAUAGAAGUAGUCUUUUCACCUGAUGCAAAUGCUACGGAUACUGACAUUUCACCAAUUAACACUACCUAUUCUGUGCUGACAAUAUUAUUAAGGCCAGGAAGCAGAGGAUACAUAAGACUAAAUGCCACGGACCCUGAAGGAUUUCCAAUUAUAGUUCCCAACUAUUUCCAAGAUCCGCAGGAUCUUGAAUGUCUGGCAGAAGCUGCACAAUUCGUCUACAAUAUGUCGAGAACAUCUGCGUUCAGGUUUCUAAACGCUCAACCGGCCAUAAACAAUGUCCCUAGCUGUUCAUCGAACGAAUUUCUAUCAUUGAAUUAUUGGCGUUGUUUAGCCCGAUAUUAUACCGCCUCGGCAUACCACCCAGCAGGUACAUGUAAAAUGGGACCAGCUAGCGACAGAAUGGCAGUGGUCGACGCCAGACUCAGAUUACACGGCGUGUCUAAUUUGCGCGUGGUAGAUGCCUCGAUCAUGCCAACGCUCAUUUCGGGAAACACGAACGCGCCUACUAUAAUGAUCGCUGAGAAAGCGGCUGACAUGAUCAAAGGAGAUUGGAACAAAUAAAGACUGCUCAGCCUCUUAUAAUGUAGUUUGACAUCUAAAUUUUUUAAAGUUGAAGAAGAAACCAUUUACAUUUUUGUUUUCAUCAAAUACACGUAUGAUUCUUUCAA